UCUUCAGUGCAAUAACAUCUACUUAUUUUGGAAGUAUUCUUCAUUAUUCCGAAUUAUAGAAAGCAGUAGCAGAUAAUUUAUCAUAAAAUGAGUACAUGUGUCGUGAAGAUUGUUUAUUUACGUGAAUAAAACCAAGAAAAGGCCUCCUAAGUGAACGUUGUAACAACUUAGGCCUAGAGAGAGAGGCUUCGUACGUGCAUGACCAAAAACUUUCAGUCGCUGUGUUGCGAAUUAAAUUAGACUAACCCUUUUAUAAAGAGUUAUAUUCUUGAUAUUAUACCAAUUAUGGAACUAAAAAGGAUCCUGAAACUGAGGGGAUUCGGCGCUAUUGGAAGUGCAGUGUUUUUAGUGAGCGUCCUCUCUAUACUUGUCUGUGUCUUGUGGGUUCUGGAACUGUGGAUGUUUUUUCUGUAAUUAUUCCCUUUAACAGACAACAGACGGCUGCGAUUUAAGGUUAUUAUAGCUUUAAAAUUAUCUAUUUGGUGGCACUGUUACCUGAUGAACGCAUUGACUAAUACUGUUUGAAAUGACUAAACAAGAAGUGUUUGGAUUUACAAUAGUUACCAAUAAAUAAUUUGAACAAAGAAAACUUGUAAACAAUGAAAACGAAAAUAUAUUUUAUGGGAAACUUGUAUUAAUUGUCCGGACAUUAAUACAUCAUUUAUUCAUUAUUUACACAUUGAUUUGUCUUAAUAAAACAAUCAUCUUGAGCUAUAGUUAAUACUUAAAACGACGUCUAUAUCGAAGGGACACAAUUAACUAGUCGAAAAAAUGUCUGAGGACGACCGGCGGCGUCGCUCUCGAAGCCACAACAGGCACAAGAAAAGCAUGCGGUUCUUCAAGAAGGAGGCGCCCCCCUCCUCCAACUCCCAGCAGGGGGGACGGGGGGCCAAGAAAGGGGGCGUUAACUACAACAACAACGUCCCCGUGAUCGAAGAUGCUAGGAAACAGGUCUACCACUGGCAGAGUGAGGGGGGUACCAAGAAAUCCACAGUAGAUGACAUGGUCCUGCUGACCAAGAUCACAGAGUCAGCAAUCACAGACAAUCUCAAGAAGAGACUCUUGGAAGACAAAAUCUACACAUACAUAGGCCCCGUACUAGUGGCUGUGAACCCUUUCAAGCAGCUACCGUACUUCACAGAUCGUGAGAUAGAGAUGUAUCAAGGGGCCGCCCAGUACGAAGUCCCUCCCCACAUCUACGCUAUGGCUGACACCAUGUACAGAAACAUGCUCAUAGAUAAUGAUAGUCAGUGCGUUAUCAUCAGCGGUGAAUCUGGUGCCGGCAAGACUGUCUCAGCAAAGUUCAUCAUGAACUACAUCACCAAAGUGUCCGGAGGAGGGAAGAGAGUCCAGGAGGUCAAGAAUGUCAUCCUCGAGUCCAAUCCCCUCCUCGAAGCCUUCGGGAAUGCCAAGACCAUCAGGAAUAACAAUUCCUCGAGAUUUGGAAAAUACAUAGAGAUCCAAUUCUCCCGAGGGGGCGAGCCCAUCGGAGGGAAAAUCUCUAACUUCCUCCUGGAGAAGUCUCGCGUCCAUUCCCUCAACGAUGGAGAGAGGAACUUCCACAUAUUCUACCAACUGAUUUCUGGGGCUUCUGCAGAGAUGAAAGAGUCCCUAGGGCUCACCACCCCAGACUACUACAGUUACCUGAGUCAGAGUGGCGUCUACAGAGUGGAUGGCACCAACGAUGCCCAUGAUUUCCAAGAGACGUUGAGAGCCAUGCAAGUGAUGGGCAUUACGAACGAAGUUCAACACGACAUCUUGACGAUUGUAGCUGCUAUCCUCCACAUGAGCAACAUUGCUUUUAGUGAGGUGAACAAUCAGGCCCAGGUCAUAGAUCCAGCAUAUUUAGAAUUCCCUGCUUACCUACUUGGCAUUGACUCUCAGACAUUGGGCCACAAAUUAGUAAGCAGGGUGUUUGACAGCAAGUGGGGAGGGAAAUCCGACCGAAUAGAUGUCACCCUCAACACAGAGCAAGCCCAGUUUACAAGAGAUGCCUGGGCUAAGGGUCUCUACGCCCGGCUGUUCGAUUACAUUGUUGAGACUGUCAAUAAAGCCAUGGUGACAGACUCAAAUGAGUUGAGCAUCGGGAUUUUAGACAUCUACGGGUUCGAGAUUUUCGGCAGGAAUGGUUUCGAACAGUUUUGCAUCAACUACGUCAACGAGAAGUUGCAGCAGAUAUUUAUCGAACUUACUCUGAAGAGUGAACAAGAGGAGUAUCAGCAAGAGGGAAUCCAGUGGUCGCCAAUUCAAUUCUUCGAUAACAAAGUGGUCUGUGACUUGAUAGAAAGCAAACGUCCCCCUGGUAUUAUGUGUAUAUUGGACGACACCUGUGCAACCAUGAGCGCUGUAUCGCAAGGAGCUGAUGAAGACUUUCUUCGAAAAAUGGAAUCUCAGGUUGGAAGUAACGCUCACUACCAGAAGUUCAGCAAUGGUUUCGUCAUUAAACAUUACGCUGGCAAUGUGUCAUACCACCUUGACAGCUUUUGUGAAAAAAACAGAGAUGUGCUGUUUCAGGAUAUCAUAGAGGUAAUGCAAAGCAGCACGAACACCUUCAUUCGCAGCCUUUUUCCCGAUGUCAUUCAAGUGGGGUCCAAGACUCGUCCUUCCACAGCUGGCACCAAAAUUCGAACUCAGGCUAAUGAGCUCGUCACAACACUGACAAAGUGCGUGCCUCACUACAUACGUUGCAUCAAACCAAACGAAUCGAAGAAACCCCAUGAUUGGGAUGACCAGAUGGUUAAACAUCAGGUUGAGUAUCUAGGCCUCAAAGAGAACAUAAAAGUCAAGCGAGCUGGCUUCGCGUAUCGAAGACCUUACGACAAGUUCCUCCAACGAUACGCAAUACUGACCAAAGAAACAUUCCCUGCAUGGCACGGAGACCCAAUACAGGGAAUACAUUUUAUUAUGAGAAACAUCAAUAUGGACCCAGGGCAGUACCAGAUCGGAAGGACCAAAGUCUUUGUGAAGGAUCCUGAGUCUCUCUACAUGUUAGAGGAAUGCAGGGAACGCAAGUUUGACCACUACGCAAGAGUUAUUCAAAAGACGUUUAGGAAAUAUUUCAGCAACCAGCGGUACCUCAAGGAGAGGAGAGAAGCAAGUCGCCUCGUGCAUAAUCGUAAGGAAAGACGCAGCAAUUCACUGAACAGGAAUUUCUACGGAGAUUACAUCGGAGUAGAGUAUAAGCAACGCAUUUCGUCACUCAUACCAAGAAGAGAAAAGGUUGAAUUUGCUCUAACAGUAGAUAAGUUUGAUAGAAGGUUCAAAAGGAUGAAGAGAGAUUUAAUCCUCACCAAGUCAAACCUUUACUUAGUGGGUCGUGUGAAGGUCCAGAAGGGGCCGGAGAAAGGGAAAGUUGUAGAUAUCAUCAAGAGAAAGAUCGAGCUGGAAAAUAUCUCUCAGGCAACUUUAUCAACUUUCCAAGACGACAUAGUCCUCAUACACGUCCGUAAUGAUUACGAAUCCUUGUUAGACAUACGGUUGAAGACGGAAUUCCUCAUGGUUCUCAACCGCAAGCUGAAGGAGAGAUUCAAUAAGGAGCUCCCUCUUAAUUUUGUGAAUAACUUCGAGUACAGAGUCAGGAAAACUGGAUGGGGUGGUGGUGGUGUUAAGAAAGUUGUGUUUGUAGAAGGCAACACUUCCGAACCAGUUUUUUCACCGUCGGGAUCAGUUCUGACAGUCAAGAUCGGUCAUGGCUUGCCUGCAUCAUCUGAACCUGGAUUACAGAGAGUUAUAACACCAGAUAUCAGGAUGUUGGCAAACCAAAAAGUGUCCAAAGGGCCUCCAAGUAACAGCAAUGGACAUGCACCCCCAAAGUUUGACAGGGCUCAGAGGCCUACAUAUCCUAGUCCUGUACCAGUGGGACCUAGACCAACUCAUAACAAUACCAGAUAUAACCAUUCGGGAGUAACACGAAGCCCAGAUAUGGGUCGACCACGAAUGGAGGCUCCGAGACCACCUGUCAUGUCCCCUCCCAUCAUUAAUACAAUGAUUUCUAAUAGUCCCACAGGCCCACAGUUUAGACUACCUAGGAACAAUCCUCCCCCACCACCAUCAGAACCUCCUCCAGACGAUACACCAACAAUAGGACAGGGAACCUUGCGGCCCAGAAAUGGACCUCCUUUGCCAACUAGGCCAGUAAUACCUCAAGUGAGAGCUUUAUAUAGCUACGAUGCCCUUGAUACUGAUGAGCUCUCAUUUGUUGAAGGCGACAUCUUACAACUUGUUAGAGAAGAUGCUUCUGGUUGGUGGACAUGUAAAUUCCGAGGUCGUCAAGGUUUCUGCCCAGAAAACUACUUACAGAGAAUACAGAACUAAUAUUACAAUGCUUUGUAUAUUUCAUAAAUAUAUUUAAAUUUUAUUUCUUUGUUACCAUUCCUAUCUCCAUAGUUCAUUCUUUGAGUUCACCGGUGCUAAUAAACGUAAUUAGAACAACACAGUAAAAAAGUACCCUGUAUGUGCAUCCGAAAUACUUGAGUGUGUAUGUAGUACAUAGUUUAAAGCUCUUUUAUGUCAAGUGGUAGGGGAGAAAAUAUAGUGUGUUUUCUGGAGACCUUGGACAAAUGCACACUGCAGUACUGUACUCAUAUUUGAGUGAUCAUUGCCAUCAUCUAGGAAACUUUGUGAUACUUGUAAUAUGUUUCUUUCUUUGCUUGGGUGUUAUGCACACUUCAUCUGUGGUGGUCUUGAGUCAAACAAAUAAAGAAAUAAAUGCAUACAUAUAUACAUAGUGUAUGUUAAUUUAUUUAUUUAUUUAUUUACUUAAAAAUUGUACUAUAGUGUAUAGUGGUAGUUAAGAGUAAUAAUGAAGGAGCACUCGUCAGUACUCGCCAUAACUCCCCAAGCUGGUUCUGGUGUGAUCAUUUAGAGAUUUUGUACAUGCUAAUUAAGGAAUGUAGUUCAUAGAUUUUGCAGUUUGAUAGUAUUUAUAGACUUUUUACAAGGUUUUUAUUUUCAGUGAUGAUAUUCUACUGUUUGCACCACAAAGCUGAUCAUUCCAAAGAUGAAAGAAUUUGCAUGUAAUAUAUAUUUGUCUUUGCUGCAGUAGAUACAUUCUAACUUUUGGUAUUCCUAUCAUCAGAAUUAGUAUAUGUGAAAUAAAAAAAAAAAUGAAGGGGAUGUUCAUUGAGUGACCUUUAAAAUGGGCACUGCACAGGAAAACAGGCUUAGCUCAGAACAUUCUUUCUCCAUUUUAUGUGCACAACUAUUUUUAUAUAUAGAUAUAAGAAGCCUCAACUUGCCAACUGUGUAGUCCACAGGAUGUGUAUUGGAGAAGUUUUAUAAAUUGAUCGUAACCCCCAUCCUCCAGUUUUAAUAUUUAAGUUGAGUGAGCCUUAUCUCCUGCAAAGGAAGUAGAAGUAACUGAUGUAGCAGACAAAAUUGUAAUUCCUCGCCACUUGAGUGUCAGAAUAUUUGAGUUUUGUCACGACUUUGUAAAGAUGAAUUUGGAGUGAAUGAAAAGUCACGAGUUUUCUGUAAAUGAUGUAUGAAAUGUCAGAAUCUUUAUAUUGAAUCUAAUAUACUAUCUAGUCCAAAAUAAACUUUCUUGUUAU